GUUCUUGCCCUGGGCGACCCUUGUGGCAAGACGAAGCCCAAAUACCAAGAGCCACGCUUGGACUGUCUGAGAGGCGAGGCCCAAGAGGAGGACUGGUUCUUCGAAGUGGACCGCACGCCCAGCCCCCCAGUCGCCCGCACAGACAAAGACGUCGACGACGACGCCAAUACGUCCACCAGCGACAACAGCGCUCAGGGCAAGGCCCCAGUCGGUCGAAAGACCCUGGGAGGGCCGAACCACCCCAGCAAAGACGAAAUGACGCGCAAGGAAGACGACACCGGCAAGGACGAAGCACAAGAGGACAACGACAACGACGAUGACAAAGGCACCCACACACAGCCUUUGUCCCAAUGGCGCUACGGCGUCGACCCAUACACCGCCAUCAACGAAAAAUGGCACUUUUCACGCUUCAAGGUCUACAAUGCGGCGUUGCCACCGAUGCACACCAUCUUCGGAGACGACAUCAAGGACGGCCAAAUCCAGGGACUGGAACUACGUCGCUGUGAAAAAUGCGGCAUCAACAGAGAUUUGGUCCCACUCGGGUUACCAUACCUCAUAGACGGCACGUACGCAGAGGCGUACGAGACGGUCAUUCUCUGUGGUGAAGAUGCCCUUGAUCACGACUUCGGAUGCGACAUGGAUGCGCUUCUGGAGCACAACAAGUCGAAACGCAACAAGAAAAUGACGCCUCCAUGGAAGCGCGAGCGCAAAACCAUCGAUGCAUUCCACAAGGCGUACCCACAGAAGGAAUUACGCAUUUGGCUGAGAGCGUCGGAGUUCACCGCCGACCUCGAUCACCUUCGAACAUGGCCAGUCGAAAUUGAUCUGUGUUCAAUCAAUCAAGACUUCGAAUUUUUCGACGCGGAGCAAGCGCUCCUCAACGUCGAAGACGACACCAUUCGAGAAGCCGUUGGGCAAUUCCACGACGAUUGCGGUCUGCUACGCAACGACAUUGUUGGCUUCGCCGACGACAUCAUCCCACACGACUACAAGAACGCAGACAUCUUGACAGCCAACGCGCGCUUUUUCGUGGGACGCAUGGAUUGUCGACGCGACUGGGCGCCCGCAACGGAAGCACUAGCGAAAGCCGCCAAGAAGGGCAAGAAGAAGGUCGACGCCACGCCCAUCUCGACGACGCCAGGCGCAAAGAAAGUGACGCCCAAGGACACCUUCUUGAGCUACGGCAAAACUUCAACCACAGCCGACAAACCCACUACCAGGCUGGCCAAGGUCGACGCAGCCAUCAAAGCAGCAGAAAUGGAAGAAGUCGCCCCGACGCCUCGACCGGCCUCACAACCGCGCCUCAUCCUGAACAAGGACGACAGGGCCUUGUUCGACGUCUACACCAUGCGUCCAGUGUUUGAUGACGACUUGACAAACGAAGCCAUCCUGUUUUUCCGUCGACAAUGGCAACGCGAUCAGCCAAUGGAGAUGGCCCUGCCGCUCUUGAACAUUACGACUCCGACGAGCCCGUCACCACGUCUCAUCACGAAUCAAGGCGACCGAGCAUUGUUUGAGCGUUACACACGACGCCCACUCCUGGACGACGACAUCUGCAACGAGUUCAUCCUUCUCUGCCGACGCCAAUACGACCCGCAAGCUACAACGUCCCCAGUCGUGACGUCCACCACACCCGCCCCGACGACCGCCGCCGCCACCAAGACAGCAGGCAGGACGCCGGCCACGACGGCGACAAAGACCGGUAAAGACGCCAUCAUGAACACAUGGUUGAGGACGCCUGAGAAGACCACACCAGCAGCCCCAACGUCGACGCCGGCACCACCGACCACGACACCAGCCGCACCGUCGACGCCACCACGCGCUCCGACAACACCACCGACUCCGACACCAGCGGCACCUCAACCGUCACCACCACCCAAGCCGAACCGUGGCGCCGGCUGUGGACGUGGACGCCACUACAGCCGCGCCAUCACGCCGCUCCACACGCGUUACGAAGAACACCAACAAGACGAACUGAAGGAUGGAUGGCGUCCUGUGAUGAGUUCCCUGUUUUGACGACUGUUUGUUUUGUGACGACCUACGAAUUGUGGUUUCGUGCCUUGUUGUGCACCUCGCGUUUGUUUGAGUCACUACGACCAUAAUCCCUUCACGACGAGGACGUCGCCCUUCGCCCCGCCGAGGGGGGGACCUGUUACGGUACCCUCCAAGGAGGACGAAGGGUCGUCGACCUCGUCACCGCCGGCUGCACUUGCCCGCAACUACGACUGUCCAAGGCGACUUGGACAGUCGUAGCUGCUGUAACCGGCGGAGUCAGACACGACAUGUUAUUUCGAAGUGCACAGUAGUUAGUUAUUGAAUCAACCUUUUCAC